UCAAAUCCAUUCUCAUGCAUCAUCAUUAAUACAUAUUAAACUUUUUGAUAUAUUAUUAUAAGUUCAAUAUAUAUAUAGCUAGUAUUAGUUACUGGGUAUUGUUAUGCUUGCAUGAUUAUGGCCAAAUCCAUGAGAGAUGUCUGCAUUAUUAAUAUUGCGAUUGUGUUUGUGCUAACUUUUGAUACAAUUGUGGUUUUGUGCAGUGGAAACAACUACUCUGAUCAUGUGGCUUGCGUGGAGAGUGAAAGACAAGCCCUUCUCAGAUUCAAGCAAAAUCUAAGCGAUCCCUCAAAUCGCCUCUUCUCAUGGGAUGCUGAUCAAUCAGGAGGGGAUUGUUGUGAAUGGGUUGGAGUUGUCUGUAACAAUCUAACAGGCCAUGUUGAGGAGCUCCACCUUCAAAAUCCUUUUUUUGACGCCAUGUUGAUGGGAGGUAAUGAUGAAUUUGAAGCUUUUCAGAGGUCCAGGCUGGGAGGUAAGCUAAACCCAUCCUUACUGGAUUUGAAGCAUCUGACUCACUUGGAUCUUAGCGGCAACAAUUUUGAUGGAAUUCAGAUUCCAAGCUUCAUUGGUUCCUUUGGGAGCUUAAGAUAUCUUAAUCUCUCAGAUGCUGGAUUUGGAGGUGUCAUCCCGAGUCAACUAGGAAACCUCUCUGGGUUGCACUCACUUGAUCUUCGGGGAGCUUUUGAAGGACUGAUUCCUCAUCAAUUGGGGAGUCUCUCUGGGUUGCACUCCCUUGAUCUUCGGGGAUUUUUUGAAGGAGCGAUUCCUCAUCAACUGGGGAACCUCUCUGGGUUGCACUCCCUUAAUCUUCUGGGAUUUUUUGAAGGAGUGAUUCCUCAUCAACUGGGGAACCUCUCCAAUUUGCACUAUCUCAGACUUGGAGGGCGCCCUUUAUUAUAUGGUGGCAAUCUAUAUGCUCACACUCUUCAAUGGAUUUCUGGUAGUUACUUGUUGCAGCACCUUUAUCUGGACAACGUGAACCUCAGCAAAGCACAUGAUUGGUUGCAGCAAAUCAACAUGCUCCCUUCUUUGGUAGAGUUACACUUAUUCUAUUGUGGGAUUGAUCACUUUCCUCCUUUACAUAUUGUUAAUUUUACUUCUCUUGCCGUCCUUGAUCUUUCUGCUAACCCUUUUGAAUCCUUCAUCCCACCUGAUUGGCUGCUUAGUCUUCGUAGCCUUGAUCAUCUCAAUUUGGGAUCAUGUGGUUUACAUGGAUCAAUUCCAAGUGGUCUGAGAAACAUCACCUCUCUUAGAUAUCUUGAUCUGUCCGAAAAUCUUUUCAAUUCUACAAUACUCGAUUGGCUAUCUAAUUUCAGUCAUCUUGAAUAUCUUGAUCUGUCAUGGAAUUUGUUCACCGGGGGAUUGCCAAGAUCCUUUGAAAAUCUUUGCAACUUGAAAGUACUCAAACUGGCAAGUGUCGAACUUGGUGGUGAUAUAUUGGAGAUUUCAAACAUUUUGUCUAGUUGCAUUUUAGAUGAAAUAGAAGCUCUAGAUUUAAGCUACAAUAAACUUGGGGGCCAUUUUCCUGAACUUGGAAAAUCUAAAAAAUUGGUCUCUCUUGAUCUUUCUUAUAAUUGUCUUUCUGGUCAACUUCCAGUGUCUUUGGGAAGGUUAUCAUCACUGAAGUAUUUAUCUCUUUCUAAUAAUAACUUGAGUGGACCUCUCCCUGAAAGUUUUGGCCAACUUGCACAUCUAGAGAAUUUAUAUCUUGAUAACAAUCACUUGAGUGGACCUCUUUCUGAAAGUCUUGGCCAACUUGCACAUCUAGAGAUAAUUUAUGUGUCACAAAAUUCAUUACAAGGUGUCAUCUCCGAAGUCCACUUCGCCAACCUCACACGAUUGAAGUAUCUCGAUGGAUCUGGGAAUCAAUUGUUCUUUAGUGUCAAUCCAAAUUGGGUUCCUCCAUUCCAACUUUGGGAAUUGUCAUUCAGGUCAUGUCGGUUAGGUCCACAAUUUCCCCAUUGGCUUCACUCACAGAAAAAUUUAGUGAUUCUAGACAUAUCACAUACAGGAAUUUCAGGUACCAUUCCUAGGUGGUUUUGGAACUUAUCAUCUCAGAUUUUAUAUUUAAAUUUCUCUCACAAUCAUAUCCAUGGUGAGAUUGUAGAUGGGCUUUUAGCCGUAUCUAUGCCGUUCUCAACAAUUGACCUUAGUUCCAACCACUUAAAUGGUAGACUGCCUCGUUUGUCAUCAAAUAUAUCGACACUGGAUCUUUCGAACAAUUCAUUUUCUGGAUCUAUUUCUCACUUUCUAUGCUACAAGAUGGAUGAAUCUAAGAACCUGCAGCUUCUUAAUCUUGAAAGAAAUCUUUUGUCAGGAGAAUUGCCCAACUGUUGGUCGAGCUGGAAUAGCUUGGAAUUCAUAAAUUUAGCAAAUAACAAUAUAAGCGGCAAAAUCCCAAGCUCCAUGGGAUCUCUACAUUUUCUCGAAUCGUUGCAUUUACGAAACAAUAGCCUAACAAGGGAAUUACCCCUGUCAUUGCAUAAUUGCACAAGCUUAGUGGCUAUUGAUUUUGGUGAAAAUGAAUUUUCAGGAAGUAUACCCACAUGGAUAGGAGAAAGGCAUUCAUAUCUUAAGAUUCUUAUCCUAAGAUCAAAUAAGUUUCAAAGCCAUAUUCCUAAGAAACUUUGUGCACUUAGUUCACUUCAAAUCUUGGACCUUGCACAUAAUAAUUUUUCGGGAAGUAUUCCAACAUGAUUCAUGAACU